AUGUCCACCCACGCCAUCCAAGCCCGUUCAAUCUACCGCCGAAUUCUCCGCGAACUACCCGCACGCUCCCCCUCCCUCCUAGCAAAUCCCUCACCCAUGCAAAAACACAUCCGAGCCGACUUCACCACUCCUCCAACCGACUCACCCACACAAUCUCUCCAACACCAAAAUUCCAGGCCGUUGGAAUGGAGAUUGAAGGAGGCGGAGCAAUAUGUCAAGUAUUUGGCUGGUCAGCGCAUGUAUACGACGUUGGUGGAGAGAUAUAAUCCGGGGAUGAAUAUGACGGAUGAGGAUCGGGUGCGGUUGACGGCGAGGAGGGUUGGGAUGGAUUUGCCGUUGGAUAUGCGGGGGAAUGGUAGGGAGGAUCAAUGA